AUGUUUUCUCCAUUCUACAACGGUGAUUAUUCCUACGACCAACCAAUUGAUUUCGAGUCGCUUUUCGACUUGUUGCAUCAACAUCAGUUUUAUUAUAAAGAAAACACUCGUCCAAGAGUUAUCAAGAAGUUAGAAACUGAGGACGAGUUCCAAAUCCAGAUUUAUAAACCAUACGGUAACUACAAUAAUUAUGAGGUGAAUGUUAUCAAAUCGAACCCUCCGAUUGUCAAAGUUGUUAUCAGUUCGAUUCAGGACAAUUUCAAAACUAUUUUGCCAUUUAAUGUCAACUAUAUUGAUAUCGAUAAUAUCAAUUGGCAAUGGUACAAGCAGCAAAACGUAUUGGUGUUGAACAUUCCCAAAAGAAUCCACUAUGUCCAUCUGAAUGUGCAAGAUAUACUCAAUUGCUUGUUAGGCUGCAAUGAUGUCGAGACCGCUCAACAUGAUAAACCAACUACUGAUGCUUUGAAAACUCCAAACCAAAAACCACAAACUAAAAAAAAUAUCCAAGGCAAAGCUAAUGCCAGUCAAAAAAAGGAAGAAUUUGCCAAAGUAAAAAAAGAAACUGCUGCUCAGAAAAAGGCCAGUGAAGACUUUGGCGACGCCAACCUUAAAGACUCAAUUGAAGAACAUGAACAUUUAAUCGAACAAGCUGCAAACGCUUUAAAAAGUGCAACAGAAACUUCUUCCAAGCAGGAUUUAAAUGCCAAGGCUAAUGCAUUAAGUGCUGGUGCUCAAGCUGCUGCAGAAGCUAAACACAAGGAAGAAUUGGAAAGAACCAAACAAGAACUUGAGGCACAAAAGAAAGCAGCCCAUGAUAAAAUUGUCAAGGCUCAACAAGAGCUUGAAGAGAUUGCCAAAAAGGAAGCCGAAGCUGUGAAGUUGCAUGAAGCUGCUAAACAAAAAGAAUUAGAAGAACAAAAACGUAAGGCAGAAUCAGAAGAACAAAAAGCAAAGGAAAAAGAAAACUUGGAACAAAAGCAGUACGAUGAAUUUGUCAAACAACAACAAGAAUUCCUCAAACAGUUUUUCGGGUUUAAUUUAGGACCAGCUAUCCCCACUAAAGAUGGUGCUAAUGCGUUUUACACUGCUGCUAAACUGGCCAAAAAGCAAAAACCAAAAGUAGCACCAAAACCAAAACAAUUGCAAACUCAACCAGCCAAACAAGCAAAAGAUGAAGAGGAAUCCAUUCCGUCUGAACCAGAAACAGAGCCUGAAUCAUCCAAGUCACACAACUCGAAUGAAAAUUUGCAUAAGCAUCCUUCUUUAGAAGAGGUUGAAGACGAAGAGUCGGUAAUGUUCAGAAAAAGAUUUGGUCAUUAG